AUGAGGAGGAGAGAAGCAGAGGUCAGUGUCGCGUCUGGCACACGGAGCUGCGAUGUCCCUCUGGGUGGCUGCAUGACCCCACGGCGUGUGCCCUUGAGGACAGACUGUGGCAUGGCAGGGAGACGCUCCGGCCUGUGCAGGCUUCUCAGGAGGAACAACAAAGGCCCUGGGCCUGCCCCAGCAAGGCAACCUGAGGACAUGCAAGACUUCCAGCCCCUGCAGCAGGAUCCAGGCCAGCACCGGACAGAAGAGCACGUCCGUGCCCAUGGCCGCUUCCGCAGAGCAGUUCAGAGGUUUCUCAAAUUCGUGGGAAUUCGGCGUAGAACACCCAAGACCACACCACCUGAGGAAAUGGCACAGCCCGACACCAAGCCAACCGACCUCAAGGCACAGCCUGAUGUCAGCUCCAUGCCGACUGAUCCCACAGAAACCUCUGACACUGCUUUGAUCCAGGACCUGACAAGCCCUCUCACCACAAUGACCGAUCUCACGGCGACGGCUGACAUGGCACCGAUUCAUUGCACAGCAAACCCUGACACUGCUUUGGCUGACGAGACAACCACCUCUGAUAUUGCACCGACUGAUCUCCUGGCAAAGGCUGACAUCGCACCCAUGCCAGAUGAUGGCAUAUCAAACCCUGACAUCGCACCGAUGGAUGGCACAGCAAUCCCUGGCACUGCGGUGACUGACAUCGUAACAAACGCUGAAACCCCAGUGACUGAUCCUAUGGAAAAGUCCGACACCACAGUGACUGAGGGCAUCGGGAACACUGAUGCCAUGCCCACACAUGGUGUGACUGCUGCUCUCAAUUUGGACUUUUUCCAGGAGAAAGGUCUCUCCAACCAGAAGCAAGUGCCGGACAUUGAGACAUACAUCCAGCAGUGCCUCACGUUCCACGCUAACAUUCUCAGGCUGGCUGCUGCACACCCUCAGGAUGUGGUGAUGUCUCUCCUGCGCUGUGCCCCAGCGUGUGACAGAGCUGCUGCAAUGAUCUGGAGGACCAUCGCUGCCUCAGGAACGACAGCAGAGAAGGUGAUCCCAGCACUGCUCCAAGUGAUGGAGGACUGGCCUCUGCACUGCAUGUCCUCCUCUGACGGUGGUGACAACAAAGACGUCUUUGCCCUGGCUGCAACCCUGGCACUGCGGCUCAUCAUCCAGGAGCCCCAGUGCCAAGACGCAGUGCUGAUUUAUGCCCCCCACCUCCUCGUGGCUCUGCUUUUCCAAGUAUUCAUGAGCACAGAGCAGAUGCCAGAGGAGGUCAAGACCUUCUGGAGCCAAUGUCAGGAGCAACAUGACCUUCCCAACAACCCCAACAGAUUUGCUGUACAGACCAUCAAGGCCCUGCUCUGCUAUCUACACUGGGAGAACGAGGUGGUGGCCGUGGAACGCAAGCGUGGCUGGGACACCCUGCUCCAUGCUGACACCCACCACUAUGCAGUGGGGCUGCUGGCCAGGGAGAUGCGCAGUGUCUUGGCCCCCUUCAAUUCCGGCAUUGCAACCCACCUGCUCAGGCUGCUCAGCAGGGAGGAGCCCCGCUGGGAGCUGCCUGCCCUGGCCUUCCUUGUUGAGCUCCUCGACUAUCUGGAUGGGAGAAAAUGUCAUGAGAGUGUCCUGCCUAUCCUAGCCAAGCACCUGCACAGCCAGUGCCCUGAGAGCCGUCACCUGGCACUCAGAGGCCUCCUUGUGCUCAGUGUGGAUCCCUCAAUGGCCGACAGCAUCUGCACCCUGUCUGAGCACCUCGUGGAGCUGCUUCAUGAUGGAGAUGGAGAUGUGGUCAGGAUGACCCUCUCUGUGUUCCUGAAUAUGCUCCAGGACAAGGACAUCGAAGCAUUCAGCUCCACUGCCCCGAAGCUGGCUGAGGCGCUCCGGCCACUCUUUGAUAAUGACAACACCCAUGUGCAGCUGCUCUCCAUUCGCCUCUUCAGAGAGGUGAUGGAGUGGCUUGAUGAAGAUGAGAAGAAAGACCUUGAAUAUGCAGUGCACCAGAGCCUGGUCCCCCUGUUCUUCCAUUUGCACGAUGAGAACCAGUGCGUGGCAGAGGCCUCUCGGGAAACACUGCUUUGUGCGGCAAGUUUCCUCAAGAGGAGGGAUCUCGAGCAGCUGCUGAGGAGAGAGCAGCCCAUCAAGUUUGUCGAUUGCCUGAUGGACAAGGAUGUGAGCAGGAGGGCUGAACACCUGCGCCAGGCCCUGCCAUACCUGCAGAGCCAACAGCAGCCCCUGCGAGAGGCGGCCAUCCGGUUCAUGGGGGUCGCCGCCUGGCACAUGCAAGACCUACAGCCCAUCAUGAAUGCCCUCGAAGUCAUGACCGAAGAUGACUGCCCCUCCUACUCCACCAUGCAGACUGCAGUCUUGUCUGCUUUUCGACGGGCAGUAAGAAAGUAG